AUGGUGCUCCUGGUGGCCUUUCUGCCAUGUUUCUAUUUGUCCAUGAAGGUGUAUCCUCUUAGCAAUGAACUCGGUGAAUGGCUGCCGCAAAACCUCUUGGCCGCCUCAGCCUUUGGCUUGAGCUUUGCUGCGUUGAUUCUCACUGCGGUGCUUCUACGCAUUGGAUCUCGCCAAGUGGAAGUAAACCAGCUGCUGCGGCAAGGUAGCAUCCUACUUGAGACCAGAGGCGGUGGCUACUUUGUAAAGAAGAAGACUGCGAUGAAGAUGCGCAAAGAUGCUAGGAGAUUAUCAGAAUUGCUGUCACCUACUAAGUAG